AUGGUGGGCCGGCUCUCACAUGCAGCUGACCCGCAGGAGGGCAACGGCCUCUGCUGGUACAACAGCAACAGGACUUACCUUCGAUGCUGCAUUGAAGCAGAUCUUGCUUGCUGGCAGGGAAUCUGGGUUACGGAGGAGCUUUGUUGCCAUUCUUUGACGGAUCAGUACCAGCAAUGCUUCGACAGCAUUGAGCAGAACGUCCUGGUAAAGCUGCAAAAACUACGAGAGCUCCAACUUGAGGCCGAGGCAGCUGAGCUCGAGCAUCAUGUUUCGACCAUACGCGAGCACAUGUAUCCUUAUGAAGCGCUUGUGGCUCAACCAAUGGCUAUGUGGUCAUAUGCCUGCAGCGUGCCGGACUCCCCUUUGCUUUGGAGUGAUUUCUGCGACUGCUGUGAUCCUGUGGAGCCGUAUUGUGAGGGAGAAGGGUUUCGAAGCCAAGAACUUCAAGAGCAUGUUUGGCGGCUGUAUGCCAGGUGCUGCUUUCCUGUUUACGCGCGGAAAAGUUGGGGUCCAGCAGAUGCCGAUCUUCAGAGGACCAUUGAAGUCGCCUUGCAACCAAUGCGACCUCGCACGAGCAUAAUUCAGAAAGAUGGUCCUGAUCUGUCUUGGGGGAUGGGGGGCACUCAGCUCGCGCGAGGUUGCUUGAUCUCAAUUCAUCAGAAUGCGACUGUUACAGCGUGUCCUGAGACCCAUGCCUGUCAAGAUUUCGACUGCUCCUAUUUACGUGCGGUCCUGCUGGCGUUGCAGGUCAUACAAGCCACUCGCCCACUUCCUGUCUUGGACUUCCUAUUGAAUGCCGGUGAUGAAACGGUUGAAAACACGUUACCCGAAGCUCCAGUCUUCACUCGCACAGGGACACGAUGGACCUCCACGUUGGCAUUGCCGUUCGAGUGGCAGCUGCACCCUGCACAAUGUGUGCGUAAGCUGAGAGAGGGCAUGCUGGCCCUGGAAAGGAGCCGGUGGGAGGAGCGAAGUUCUGCUCUUAUAUGGAGAGGCACGCACUCGAACCUUUGGGCUCCGGACUGCAAAGCCGCACCCGCGUCAAGAGAUGAAGCUAUGAUGGCCAGGUGUGUGACUCUACCAGCAGGUGAGCUAAGGGAAUCCGUUUGGAACUUGAGCACGUGGCUGCAGUUGCCACGUGGGCGCCUCAUUUGGCUUAGUAGGUUCGUACCCUUCAUUGAUGCAAAGUUCGUGGAGAGCCGAACUCUGCCGCCGAUGUCCCCGGACUUGGAGCGCUUCCUGCGGGAUGAAGGGCUCUUUGCGCCGUGGCUAAGUGCCGCCGAAGUUGAGCAGUACAAGUACCAAAUUGCCAUGGAGGGAAACAGUGCAACGGACCGCUUGACAUGGCAGCUCUUCAUGGGAUCGGUGGUUCUCAUCCCAGACCAGCCGUGGCAGGUCAUGGCGCCACUGAAUAUGUUGCAGCCGUGGAUCCACUUUGUCCCAGUCUCGUACGACCUUAGUGACCUGAUGGAUCGACUGCAGUGGCUGAUCUCGCACGAUGCCGAAGCGAAAGUCAUCGCUCAGAACGGCGUGGCAUUCGCCCAUCGCGGCUUGCCUUAA